UUGGCGAAGGGGAUUUUCAGACCAGAAUUGUUUUCACUCGAUCAGUGGAAUGGUUUAUUUACAGAAAAGCCCUCAAUAUAGUAAUGCUAGCGCUACAGCUACAAUAAGUCGGAAGAAGGUCGCACCGCUAGGACGUUGGGUAAGACCUAAACUAUUCAGAGGGCCUCCCUGCAUAAGCCUGUCAUCAGAGCGCCAAAGCCCUAGAAGCGUGACUCCCCCGGCGGCGCCUACCAUGUCGACGCCCUCCGGCUCCGGCGAGGCGGACGGAGCAGCUCCCACCGCCUCCACUUACUACGACGUGUACGGCCCCGACGCCAAACCUGAUGUUGUUUUUAAGGAGGCCACUUCAGAUUCUACAUUAAAUUUACAGGAUGUCCAGGGGUUAGUCACCUGGGUUAUUGGUGAAGGCAUAUUGCCUUCUUGGGUGUUCAUUAAAAACAAGCCUCUUAUCCCAAAAGUUAUCCUUUUGUAUGUCCCUGGCCUCGAUGCAGCUUUAUAUAUGUCGCAGUCCCGCCUCCUUUCUUCUUUGAAAGAAUUGUGUGGCAAUCCAAAACCUGUUCUAGCUUCAAGUUGUAUACCAGAUGAAAGGCAUACCAUUGAUGCACUCCUAACAUGCAGAGUAAAGCGAAAGCGGAAUGCACAAGCAUCAAACCAUUCACAUGAAUUUGCUGGAGGUAAGAUAUCAAGUCUGGAUGACCUAAAAGAUGUACCAUUUCCUGUCAAAUAUUACACACUUUCUGCGAAAGACUUAGAAGAUAAUGGCUACCCAUCCAGUUUGCCACAAUUGCCAGGUUUUGUCCCUACAGUUCCAGCUCCUUCAGGCUCUUGUCCACACGAAAUUCUAGCACUUGAUUGUGAGAUGUGUGUGACGGCUGCUGGAUUUGAACUUACAAGAGUGACAUUAGUCGAUAUUAAAGGAGAGGUGGUACUGGAUAAACUAGUUAAGCCUGCCAAUCCAAUCACUGAUUACAAUACAAGGUUCAGUGGAAUCACUGCUGAGAUGCUAUCCGAUGUGACCACAACCCUCCAGGAGAUUCAGGAAGAGUUUAUUGGACUUGUGUACAAAGAAACCAUUCUUGUUGGGCAUUCUUUGGAGAAUGACCUUAUGGCAUUACGGAUAUCUCAUGAUUUGGUCAUUGAUACUGCUGUUUUGUACAAAUAUAAUCGUGGCCCUCGCUGUAAAAUUGCUUUACGUGUUCUGGCAAACAAAUAUCUUAGCCGGGAGAUCCAGAACACAGGUUCUGGGCAUGACAGCGCAGAAGACGCAAGAGCUGCUCUGGAUCUUGCCCUUUUGAAAAUCAAAUACGGUCCUGAUUUUGGCUCUCUGCCAUCGUUUUCGAGGCGAAAGUUGGCUUCUGUUCUGCAUGAAAGUGGGAAAAAAUGUUCCCUCAUUGAUGACGUGGGCGUUCUUGAUCGCUAUUCAGAUGCUUCUUGCAAUUCAAUUGCAGUUUUCUCAGAUGAUGAUGCCCUCUCUAGAUCAAUGAAAGAGGUAAAGAAUGACAAUAUCAGCUUUGUCUGGACUCAGUUUUCUGGAUUGAUCUCUUAUUUACUUAAAAGAGCUCAAGAUCCUGAGAAAUUGAAAUCCUGUGUUGCAGAGGCUAUAGCAUUGAAAACAUGCGACAGAAAAACUGCUCGGAAAAGAGCAAAGGAUCAAACUUGCCCUGAGUUAAAGGAAAUUUUGAGUGAAUUGGACAAGAAAAUUAGAAAAUUAUAUGAUACACUGCCUGAAAAUGCUAUGUUUAUUAUAUGCACUGGUCAUGGGGAUACACCUUUGGUACAAAGAUUAAAGAAAAUGCUUAACCAUGGAGAAGAAACAAGCGAAAGCCGGAAAAAUAUUGUUGAAGCACUGGAAGAUUUACAAGCUCAAGCAGAAGUUGCGCUAUGCUUCUGUUGUGUCAAGCAUUAGCUACCAGGUAAAAUCAGCAGGAAAGCUGUUCAAGAUGACGUCGGUCGGCACUCUCAACCAGGACCUGGCCAUGUGUGCAAGCAAAGUUGGCACAAUAGUGGACAGCAUUGUUAGUUGCUUGUCGUACAGAUUGGAACAUGAAACUAGGAAACCCAGAAGCGAGCUCAUCAACCUCGUGCAACAACAUCGAAAAUGAACACCAUCUCACAUAGCAAGAGCUAAUUAGGGUACUGACACAUGUAGUAUUGAAGACAACACAAGUGAGGGAAAUGUAUGAUACUUUUUUUAAGUCACGUGAUUUAGAGAUGAGGACAAAGUUGGCUCUUUAAA